ACAAAACUUUUGUAUCCUGAAUUUAAAGAGUAUCCCAGAUUUUUUUUUUUUAAUUUAUGAAAAGGUACAUACACAACACAAAUUUGCCAAAUACUCAUAAACAAACCAUCAUAUAUAUACGACAGCGUUUCACAAGUAAACGGCACAAAAGGAAACAAAACUGGCAAAACCUUAUCUUCAUACCCUCUCAAAAAGAACCCAAGAAAAAAAAAAGCAUUAAAAAAAAAAAUUAAAUGACGAAUUUAAUAAUAAAAACAUAACCCCCUAAAUUCUCUCCUCUUGUAAUAUAAUAGGUACUGUUUCAUUCAGUACUGUACCAUUAUGUCUUCUCAUUCUUCUUCUUCGUCUUCACUUGUCUUAAUCUAUUGAGACUCCAUUAUUGUUCUUUUCAUGCAAAAAAUCGAAGUAGUACAGUACUUCCAGUAGUCCCAGUUCCUUGUUCUUCACAUAUCUUCUUCCCUACCUAGCUUUGUCCCAAAAAAAUGGCUCCUACUACUCGCCAAAGCAAGAGCCAAACAUCCCUUCUUAGCCAGAAACCUGAGACUAAGAUAUCGAAGAAGGUUCCUGCUGUUCGUCGAAGGAAUCCAAGGAAAUUAGUGCCAAGCUUUGGUAAUGUCGAGGAAGAUGUUCUUGCACAUAUCUUCACAUAUUUGCCACCCAGAAAACUGGUGCAACUCAGCGUCAUGUCCAAACGUUUCAAGGAAACGUGGCGAUACUGCCGAAACCUUGUGUUCGGCAAUGACUUCUACAGACGCCUCAGCAACCGAGACGAGUUCGUCGAUGUGAUCAACCACAUUAUGGACAGUCACAUCGGCGAAGUCAUCGACUCCUUUCAUAUCUUGAUGGAUCCAACUGAUGAAGAUAAAAGUCUCUCUCGAUGGAUCAAAAAGGCCCUCGAAAAGGGUACGAAGGUGCUCGAUCUAGAUUUCGACAUAUCGCUAAAGCCUUUCGCCUUCCCUUACGUGUUAAUGGACUCCAAAUUCCUCAGGACCGUGAGGCUCAAAUACUGUAUUGUCACUCUCCCACCAGUGACGACUCCUGUCAAAGGGUUGAGAUUCUUGACCACUUUGGUGCUGAGGAAAGUUCACAUUACCGACUUCACAAUCCGAAGGAUUUUCAAAAACUGUUGGAAUCUGGAGACCUUGGACAUGUCCGAGUGUAAUGGGGCCAGCCACAUAAGUUUUUCAACCCAUUGCAACAAGAGGUUUAAGACGUUGAAAGUUGGGAAUUGUUCGGAACUUUUCUAUGUUGAUGUUGACUGUCCAACCCUUCUGUCACUCCAUUAUUCUGGAACUCUUCAAGGUCUUCGGAUCUUGAACAACCCAAGAACUUCCAAGUUGGAUGAUGUGAUGCUCAAUUUCGAGGCCCCUAGAACAGGAAUCACUCCCCACUACCUAGUCGAGAGGCUUCUCACUCACAACAUCAGCACUGUCUCAGUUCUCACUAUCACUAGUACUGUCCUGGAGGGAGCGACUGCUAGAAUGCGCAAUGGGGUUUUUGCGAGUCUGAACUUGUGCCUAUGGAAUUUGAAGGAACUUCAGGUGUUUAUGGACAACACUAGCUUUUGCAAUGGUGUUGAUAUUGCUGACUUUGUUGGAAAAUGUCCGCGCUUAGAGAAAUUAUUCGUUGAUAUUAACAAUGUCAACUUCGCUGGUGACCUUUACUGGCAACUGCACCAGAAGCCAUUCAUAGACACCUUCAGUACGGUUUUCCAAAACCUGAAGGUGAUGAAGGUGAAAGGCUUUAAGUUUCUGGGGCAAGAAAUAGAGAUGGUGAGGCUGUUUCUGAGGAGGUCAUUUCAAAUGGAAGAGAUGAUUCUGGUGUAUCCAAAGAACAAGGACCAAAUUAUUCAUGACAUUGAACCUUCCAACGAUGCCGUUUUCAGUGGCCUCUUUCAAAACUGGAAAGCCUCUCCAAAGGUCCAAAUUCUUGUUCGUGAGAAUUCCAGUGACAAGACCAUCUCUGCCAAGCAUCUAAGGAAAUGGUAUUGA